ACGGGGAGGAGGCGGGAUGUGGCAGGAGCUGGAGGCUCCGUUCGCGUUCGUCACUCCAGGACUUUCUCCUGGCUGGCGUGAGGGUGGGGAGGGGGUACCUCCGUGCCUUGCCUCUAUUUCCUACCCUGUGAUAAGGCGCAGGCAUGCUCAGUAGCCGGUGCCUACCCCUCCUAUCUCAGCAACAGUGCCUACAACAGUAGGAGAGCGUUGGCAGCAGGCGCGGAGCCGGAAAGCCAUCUUUGCUGGAGAGGGAGGCAGCAGACCCCGCUCGGCCCCUCGCCAUGUCUGCUCCAGCUCCUACCCAAGGUCCCACCAGUGCCGGGGCUGCAGGGCCUUCUCCUGCUACCAAUGUGUCAAGCAACAAACGGCUGCAGCAGACACAAGCCCAGGUGGAUGAGGUGGUCGACAUCAUGAGGAUGAACGUGGACAAGGUGCUAGAGAGAGACCAGAAGCUUUCAGAGCUUGACAACCGGGCAGAUGCCUUGCAAGCAGGUGCCUCACAGUUUGAAACCAGUGCAGCCAAACUGAAGAGAAAAUACUGGUGGAAAAAUUGCAAGAUGAUGAUCAUCCUUGGUGUAGUAUGCGCAGUCAUUCUCAUUAUAAUUAUAAUUUAUUUCUCCACUUGAAAAAACAAAGAAGGAAGACUUGGCACAACUUUGUUCAUAUCAACUGACAAUAUCAGUGUUCCUUUGUUGAACUCCGCUUUUUAAUUCCUGGUGUCUUGGGAUUUUUGCUUGUAAUAACCCAUAAGCAUUCAGUGUGGUGUAUUUUGGAAUUCUGUUGUUUCCACAAGAAACUGUACCAGCUAAAUACUGCCAAGUAGUUCCAUACACUGUCUUAUCACUGUGUCUUAAAAUGUGUAUGCACUGACCUUCAGAAACUGUAGUAUAUGAAAAGCAUCCUAAAACAUCUCAGAAUCAGAGAAUACAGUUAUGGGGAAGCUCCUGCUUAAAGGGACACUGUCAGGUGCAUUGGACCCAAACCUAAGGUUGCAGCAAACAUUAGGGCCUUCUCAAUCUGAGCACCUAAAGUUGGAUGGCAAAAUCCAUUGUCAGAUGUAACUUUUUGAGGAAGUAUCUGCUACUCCCACUGAAGAGAGUGAUACCUGCAAGUAUUCAUGUAAGAUAUCAUAGUUCAACUUAGCUAACCAAACACAGAUUUUUUGAGAUUAGUUGUAGUAUCCAAGUCUAAAACCAUUGCCUGCAGAAAGUAAAUAAGACUAGUUUAUUAUCUUCCAUGGAUUUAAAUUUUUCCUUAUGGAAAACACCUUAUGGUGUUCCGAACAACCAAGAUGGCCUCAAUAUGAAAGCCAGAAAGAAAACUAUACGACAACUAAAAAGCAUGAGCUAGUACAAUCCUGGAAAAUCCAAGCAAAAUGUAAAAAUGAUAACACAAGCAUCAUCGAUGACUAAGAUACAGUCUCUUGCUAAAAACUCAAGGCACUGUUUGUCAGGCUUCAUGGGACUCCCGUGAAUGCCAAACCCCAAUAGUUAGGCCCUGACUUAAACCACAUGAACAGCUUUGGUGGUGUCGGUGGCUUCCCAGCACAGCUGUAGGAAGCUCCCUCUGCACCAGUGUGCAGGAAUGGUCCCCACUGUGAGGAUCGUUCAAAAAUCAGGAAGAAGAAGGUAUGGGGGAAUAGUAGAGAGAGGCUGAGAAAGGGAAGGUGCCUAGCAAAGCUUUCCUGGAGAAGAGGAAGGCAAAGAAACACUGUUCAAAGUGGUGGUGUUAAUAGGCUUUUAAAAAAUUGAUUUUGUGUGUGUGUGUGUAUAGUUCAUAAACUAUAGUGUCAUCUUUGUAAAGUGCUCAGCUGAGAUACCUAUCAUACUCAAUUAGUUUAAACUAAUAUUUGAUGUAAUUAAAAGAAAUUAUAUAUUGUGGCUUAAGAGAAAGUUCUUGUAUGCUUUUGUGAAUUUCUUGGGGUUUUAUCUUUUUAAAACACUGAAUAGCUCAAUCAUAGUUAACCAAACUAAAAAUGAAUUAUCAAAUUUUGAGCCAGGCAAUUCAGAAAGGGUCUUUUUAGGGUAACUCCUUCAGAAUUUCUAAAAAUAAUUCAUAGAAUAAAAUAUAUGUAAUUUGGUAGGUUGAAGGGUUUUUUGUCUGCAAUUUAAUUAGGGAAUAGAAAUGGUGAUAAUAGUAGUGUAAAUCUUUCCACCUUGGAGUCUCUCUCUUGAUAGGGUUUAGAUUAAAAACAUAGAGACCCAGACCUGUUUGUUGCAGUGAAUCUAUAUACAAAUUGUGCUUAAGCAGAAUUUUGAAGAGAGAAUAAAUAAUGAUCAAUUGAAAGCUUUCAA